GCGGCUCAGUGCCUUCUGUUAACUGGGUACCACAACGCAUCGCCGGUCGGUAUUAAACCGUGAAAUUGUCCGUCCUCGUCUGAAACGUCUGGAAAACGAGUUCACAUUGUAGCUGGACGAAUAUCCAGAAACUGCCUUAACCGUGUUCUGUUUGGGAAAGCAGACGUUUUGACGCCGUCAUGUCGAAAUGAUGAGAUAGAAAAAUUGAAGUGCAACAUCAAGAAUUACAUUUUCUACAGUUGUACUGCCUUGUUCAAGGAUGGCAGAAAGUCCUGACCAAAACCUGCACGAGGAGGGUCCUGGGGACUCCAGGGCUCCUUUCCAGGCCUUCCUACAUGGAGGGAUCUCCAGCUUGGUAUCAACCCUCCCCGCCCUUGUUGUCUUCCCUGUCUACAAAACUAUUUUCCGUCAACAACUCCACAACACCCCAGUUCGCCUGGCAGUGGCACAGCUCUACAAAGAGGGUCCAGUAAAGCUCUACAGGGGCGUGGUCCCUCCUUUGCUGAUGAGAACACUGAAUGGUACACUGCUCUUUGGCCUCCAGGAAAACCUCCUCCAUCAGCUCUCCGUGUCAUCCCAAAAUGCCCUCUCUGCCUCUGCCAGGUCUGCUCUGGCUGGUUUUGGAGCAGGUAUUGUGGAAGCAAUGGUUUUUACCCCCUUUGAGCGUGUCCAGAAUGUGUUGCAAAAUGGCCAAAACGACCAUCAUGUGCCCACCAUGAAGAGUGUUCUUGUGAGGCUGAGGUCAGAGAAACUUGCUAUAGGGUUCUACAGAGCCUUCCUGCCUAUCACUGCCCGCAACGCUCUGGCCAGCUCCCUCUACUUCGGCCUGAAGGGUCCUGUAGUCGCUGUCUUGAAGGGACAGGGGGUCCCUCCAAUGAUCUCCUCCUUCAUAUCAGGGGCCGUGACCUCCAUGGCAAUCAGCCUGGCUCUCUACCCACUGUCUGUCCUGGUGGCAAACAUGCAGGCACAGGUGGGGCCAAGGGAAGGAAAAGGGGUCAUAGCAUGUUGGAGGAUGCUGUGGACAUCUCGGCAGCGGAGUGUAGCUCUGCUGUACCGAGGAGGUUCUCUGGUUAUUUUGAGAUCAUGCAUCACAUGGGGAAUCACUAAUGCUAUUUAUGAAAGCCAGCAGAAACCUUCAGGCUGACCAGAUACUGUUGAGUUAUUUUUUUGUUUUUGUUUUUUUGAUCACGUCAAGAUAUAACUAUUUUACAUAUUUCUUAAUCGAUUAUCAACUGGAUAACAGCAUUACUUUUAAAAUUAAAUGAAGAACAUGCGA